AUGGCGCCGGGAGCAAAUAUUGGCAUCAACCAGGCCGGCUGGCUACAGUUCGAGCCUGGGGCCCAUGCGCACAUCAUGGCUCAGCACUCUGCAGAAGAGAUGCAGAUCAUUCUGUACCGUGGCUGUGAUCUGGUUCUUUACGAUGCGCACCACCAGCGGGCCUUUGCCCGGCGGCUGACCAAGGAGCAAGCCCAGGUGCUUGUUCACAAUCGACGCCACAGCUCCUGUCCUCUGUGCAAGCAAGCCUUGAGCGAGUCCUGGGCUUUUGUGGUGGAAGGCUACUGGGAAACAAUCCGCAAGGUUUUCGCCGCCAAUGCUGGUGAGGAGGAGACAGCUGCAAUCGCACAGUUGCACAGCAUAGCAGCUGGCUUGCUGAACACCGGCUAUUAUGCACGGUUCUUCCGGGAAGAACGGAAGCUUGGAUCUGGGUCCUUUGGCGCUGUGUACCUUUGUACACACUUGAUGGAUGAAAUUGAGCUGGGAGUUUUUGCCGUAAAGAAGCUGGCGCUAGGAGAUGAUGCCAAGAGGCUCCGGCAGGUGGUCAGGGAGGUGAAGGCUUUGGAAAAACUACGACACAUGAACGUCAUUGAUUACAAGCAUUCCUGGCUGGAAAUUGAUCGACAUUCAGAGCUUUGCCCGUAUGUUCCAUUCUUAUACAUUCUCAUGGAAUAUUGCAACUACGGCUCCUUGGAGACAUUCAUUUGGCCGAGAAAUCCAGGCUUCAUACGGGGCAGGCUUGACAAUUUCAAGCGAGCCCGUGAGCUAACUGAUGAGCUCAUUUGGCACUUUUUCCAUGGCAUGUGUAGUGGCCUUGAUCAUCUACACUGCCGUGGCAUUCUGCACAUGGACUUGAAACCGUCCAACAUCAUGUUACACGUGGAUGAGAUGCCUGAAGCAUUGCCCAGGCCCAUGUUGUCUGACUUUGGUACGUGCCAAAUCAUUGGAGAAGGUGUUUCUUCUGAGGGCGGAUAUGCUGUCGAGUUCUGCUCUCCAGAGCGACUGGACAAGCUGGAGGUGGGAGAGAAGGGAGACAUGUGGAGCGCGGGGCUGGUUCUCUACGCCAUGUGCUAUGGAGAUCUUCCUUACCACAGUGAUGACCCCUUGGAAUGUCGACGCCAAGUCGCGAGCCACAAGGUUCUACCAGAACCCACUACGAAUGCUGCAUGGCACACACGGGACGAGAGGUACUGGAACGUGGUUUGCAUCUUGACGUCGCGGCAGCCCGUUGCCAGACCAUCUGCCCGAGAGUGCGAGGUGCUGGCAGCGCAAGAGCUGGCGCGGCUGGCGAUGGCUCCAAAGUCGCCAAUGAAGAGCCUCAGCUCUCCCUCGGGCCCACACAUGAUCAUGGACUCCACGGACUCCAAGACCCUUCCACAACUCCAAGACGGCGAGCUGACCUGA